GAAUCAACACUCUGGUCUGAGACUUUGAUUUUGACAAUUGCCUACAGUAGGGAUGCCUGCAGAUUUCAAUGGUUACUGGAAAAUGGUCAGCAAUGACAAUUUUGAGGAGUACCUGAAAGCACUGGAUGUAAAUGUUGCCGUAAGAAAAAUAGCAAACUUGCUAAAACCUGACAAAGAAAUCCUUCAGAAUGGGGAUCAUAUGAUCAUUAAAACGCUAAGCACAUUUAGAAACUACAUCAUGGAAUUUGAUGUAGGAAAGGAGUUUGAGGAGGAUUUAGCUGGGGUGGAUGAUCGCAAAUGCAUGACCACCGUAUCUUGGGAUGGAGACAAGCUCCUCUGUGUACAGAAUGGAGAAAAAGAAGGUCGUGGUUGGACCCAGUGGAUUGAAGGAGAUGAGAUGCAUCUGGAAAUAAGAGUAUGUGGAGUCAAGUGUAAGCAAGUCUUUAAGAAGGUACAGUGAGUCUACUGCUGAUACAGAAGUGAAGAACUGUAGAAUUUACAGACUUCCCACCAAGUCUCCAAAUACUAGUAAUGAACAUCACCAGUGACGAGAGCAAGUACAGAAAUGCAGAUCACAUUAGAACUGUAUAGCGAGAAGAAGAUAUUUUCAACAAAUCAUUUUAAAGAAAUGGCUGCAAAUAGAACUAUUUUUAGAAAUGCCAAUUAAAGAUACUAAACACUA